AUGAUAGAGAGCGAUAUCCCGUCCAUAAUGUCAGGAAUCCUUAGGAAUUCAGGGCAAAACCACCACCCUUCACAGGAAUACAGGCUCCUCGCUCCCGAGCCCUCCCAACUGAGUGAGGAUGACCUCCCCAGCGACUUGCAGUCCUUGUCGUGGCUGACAUCUGUUGAUGUCCCUCGGUUACAGCAGAUGGCCAGUGGGAGAAUGGAUUUUAGCCUCGGUGCCCAGAAUGCGAUGCUACAACAGACAGGUCCCGUGGCAAACAACCUGCACUCGACAGGAGCACCUGGAGCAAUGAUCCACGUCCAGGCCAGCCUUCCCCAGGGUAUCCUGGGCCUCAAUUCUAUUUCAACACACGGCACAAACAUGAGUCAAUAUGCUGUAGGAGGGCAGCCAUCCCCUAGUUUACAAACACAGCAACAGCUCUUUCCUCCUCCUCAUUCACAGCAAGUGUUUGCCCUAGCACAGAACACACAACAGUGUAACCCAGCAGCAAUCUACAACACAUCCUAUGGGACUCAGCCCCACUACUCUCAGCCACGCCUGGCUCCUCACUCUGCCCAAGAGCUGCACCCAAAGCAUUACCCCAAGCCCAUCUAUUCAUACAGCUGUUUGAUUGCAAUGGCCCUGAAGAACAGCAAAACGGGCAGCCUCCCAGUGAGCGAGAUCUACAGCUUCAUGAAGGAGCACUUCCCCUACUUCAAGACAGCCCCUGAUGGCUGGAAGAACUCUGUGCGCCACAACCUGUCCCUGAACAAGUGUUUUGAGAAGGUGGAGAACAAACUGAGCGGCACCUCCCGCAAAGGGUGUCUGUGGGCUCUCAACCCAGCCAAGAUCGACAAGAUGGAGGAGGAGAUGCAGAAGUGGAAGCGAAAGGACCUGGCUGCUAUUCACAGGAGCAUGGCUAACCCAGAGGAGCUGGACAAGCUGAUCACCGACAGACCGGAGAGCUGCCGGCGGCCCAGCAAGCACCCGCCCCAGCCGCGCAUGCCGCUCUCGCUGCAGUCCAUGCCCCUGCACCACCAGCUCCAGCCCCAGCCUCGCAUCGCCCCAGACUCACCAGCACCCGCGCAGACACCUCCUCUCCAUACCCUACCUGAUGGGAGCCACAGCCCUCUCCCACACCAUCCCAUGGGACGCGCGCCGCCGGACUUCCUGAACGUGACAGCGGACAUGAGCACGGAGGUGGACGCUCUCGACCCAAGCAUCAUGGAUUUUGCAUUGCAAGGUAACAUAUGGGAGGAGAUGAAAGACGACAGCUUCAGCCUCGACACCCUGGCUGCCUUCAGCACCUCCCCGCUCCACCUCUCAGACUGUGACCUGGGCACCCCCGGCCUCACCCCUGUCUCCAGCGGCAGCGAUCACUCCUUCUCGGACGUGCAGGUCACCGGCCUUUACACCACCUACACCACGCUGGACAACGUGGCAGCGGCAGCUCAGUACAUGAACCCCCAGGGCAACAAACCCAUCGCUCUGCUCUGA